AUGCUUUCGAUUUGACAGCAGUGGAAUCAUCUGCGGCGCCCUCUGUCAAUAAAAUUUUGAAACUUAUCGUAAUGGUGGUGAUUCUAGUAAACUACCGACUGAUUGCAUCUAUUUUUAUUUGUAUUUUCUAAUUAAUUAGCAUUAAUUGUAAUAUUUAGUGUUGUGGCUGCGGCCAUAUGAUGCUUUCUUAUGUCGGGCAUAGCUAAAACGCCAGUUUUGGCCGAGGAGGGUGGGAACAAUCAGACUAGAAAACGUUCUCUCCAGACCAGCGAACAGUGCAAUAAUAAAAGAACAAAAUCCGACGAAAUGAGUGCCAAUGAGAAGAAAUCAAAUUUUUCAAUGUUGACUCCAAACUCCAAUGGAAGCAUUAAGAUGACGUCGUCAUCUAUGAACAAGCCUGGUGCAGCGACGAAGAAAUUGGUUAUAAAGAAUUUCAAAAGUAAGCCGAAUCUUCCAGAAAACUAUCAAGAGACAACAUGGAGCAAGUUGCGGGAGGCCGUGAUCGCCAUCCAGACGUCCAAGGCGAUCGCGUACUCGCUGGAGGAAUUGUACCAGGCGGUGGAGAACAUGUGUAGUCACAAGAUGGCAUCGCAACUUUAUGUGAAUCUUACGAACCUGGUGGAGGCGCACGUGAAGGCUAAUAUUGAGCAGUUCUUGUCUGAGAGCAUGGACAGGCAGGUGUUCCUCAAGCGUAUGGACGACUGCUGGCGCGCUCACUGCCGCCAGAUGAUCAUGAUUAGAAGCAUCUUCUUGUACCUAGACCGCACAUAUGUUCUACAAAACCCUAGUAUACAUUCUAUAUGGGACAUGGGCUUGGACUUAUUCCGGCACCACAUAGCAAUGAACACUCUGGUUCAGACCAGGACUGUGGACGGUCUACUUACUUUGAUUGAGAGGGAGCGCGGUGGUGAUGCUGUAGACAUAUCCUUGCUCAAGAGUCUGCUGCGAAUGCUCUCAGACUUGCAAAUAUAUCAAGACGCUUUUGAACACAAGUUCCUACAAGCGACGGAGCGCCUGUACGCUGCGGAGGGGCAGCGUCUGAUGCGAGAGCUAGCGGUGCCACAGUACCUCGCACAUGUCGAGAAGCGGCUACGAGAGGAGAAUGAGAGACUACUGCACUACCUAGACCCCUCUACUAAAUGGCAAUUAAUCCACACAAUAGAGCGGCAGUUGCUGAGCGAGCACCUGACCGGUAUCCUGGGCAAAGGCCUGGAGUCCCUCAUGGACGGGCCCCGACUGGCCGACCUCACCACCCUCUACACACUCUUCAGCAGAGUCAAGGACGGACUCACGGAGCUUUGUAACCACUUUAAUGCUUAUAUCAAGCCGGAGCGAGACAAGACGAUGGUGGCCGAGCUGUUGGAGUUCAAGGAGCAGCUCGACCACGUCGUCAACACCUGCUUCCAACGCAACGACAAGUUCCUCUACUCCAUGAGGGAAGCCUUCGAGUACUUCAUCAACCAGAGACAGAACAAACCCGCCGAACUCAUAGCAAAAUUCGUGGACGUAAAACUAAGAGCGGGCAACAAGGAGGCGACGGAGGAGGAGCUAGAAAGACUUCUGGACAAGAUCAUGGUUCUGUUCCGGUUCAUACACGGCAAGGACGUGUUCGAGGCAUUCUAUAAGAAGGACCUCGCCAAAAGAUUGUUGGUUGGAAAGUCAGCGUCAGUGGACGCUGAGAAGUCGAUGCUGAGUAAAUUAAAACAGGAAUGCGGAGGAGGCUUCACGUGCAAACUAGAGGGCAUGUUCAAAGACAUGGAACUUUCUAAGGACAUCAAUAUUACUUAUAAACAACACUUGGCGGCGACGUCGGAGGGCGGAGGGCUGGAGCUGAGCGUGUACAUCCUGACGAUGGGGUUCUGGCCCACGUACGGCGCCGUGGACGUGCGCCUGCCGGCCACGCUGACGCGCCAGCAGGACCACUUCUCCAAGUUCUACCUCGCCAAGCACUCCGGCCGCAAGCUGCAGUGGCAGCCCACCCUCGGACACUGCGUACUGCGCGCCCACUUCGCGCAGGGUAACAAAGAACUUCAGGUGUCGCUGUUCCAAGCACUCUGCUUGCUUCUCUUCAACGACGGAGACAACCUCUCCUUCGAGGAUAUAAAGGCUGCUACAAAUAUUGAGGAGGGCGAGCUGCGUCGCACGCUGCAGUCGCUGGCGUGCGGCAAGGCGCGCGUGCUGAGCAAGGCGCCGCGCGGCCGGGAGGUGCACGACUCCGACCACUUCUCCUUCAACGCUGACUUCACCAACAAACUGUUCCGCAUCAAGAUCAACCAGAUACAGAUGAAAGAGACUAGUGAAGAACAAAAGGCGACAGAAGAGCGUGUGUUCCAAGACAGACAGUAUCAGAUCGACGCCGCCAUCGUACGAGUCAUGAAGAUGCGCAAGGCACUCUCACACAACCUGCUCAUAUCUGAACUCUAUAACCAACUCAAGUUCCCCGUCAAGCCUGCGGACUUGAAGAAACGCAUAGAAUCGCUGAUCGACCGGGACUACAUGGAGCGCGACAAGGACAACCCGAACCAGUACAACUACGUGGCGUAAUAUCCGGCCCACAGCGGCCACGCUGCGUCGCCGCCCCGACCACGCUACUGCGUCACCAUCACACUGCGACACCGCCUCUAAACUCGACCUCAAUAAAUGUCUCAUCUCUAUACCAUGUUUCAACAAUAUGUACUUACAACUGACUUAAUGAAUGCUGUUUCUAAAUGAGCCACAUUUUAUCAAAUAUUCUCAAUAUUUCCCUAUAAGGUCUACUCUAGGUACUCCCCUUCUACGUCUCUUUAAUUCAAAUUCAGAUAGACUAAAAGGUCAAAACUUUUCCCUUACAUUUUUCAGGUACAUGAUUUUGAUGUACCAAAAUUUCUUGAUUGUGCUACCCUACUUAUUCAUUUCAAAUCCCUUAUCUAAUUAUUGAUUUUCUUUUAUCUUUUCUGUACUACAUGGCCCGUUUAGCAGCAUCUACCUACAAUCGCUGGCUUUGUACCUUCAAGGUAUAAAUGCAGAAGUAUGUUGGUGAAACAUAAAACGAGUCGUUUAUGUGUGUCGUGGUGACAAUGCCUCAUGAAGUCUCGCCGAGCCGUGCAAGCCUGUACAGACCGUGCUCAACGCGUUCAGUAGUCGACAGCUUACACAAACUCCGCCGAUGUACAUUUUUUCGCUUCCCUACGUGUGUCGUUACAGUAUACAAGUUAAGUGAGAUGGGUAAAAUACACAUUCAUACUACUAUUGAUAGAUGUAUGUGAAAUAUAUUGUUCUUAAUUGAAAAACUGCCAUUAGGGUAUUUUAUUAGUUAUGUCCGUAAUUUUUGAUAACUAUUCUUACAUAACUAAUAGUUACCCAUCUCUAAUUUAACUUGAGAAUCAUUGUUCUCGUUUACAGUGUCUUAGUAUUAAAGUUGACGGAAUAUUCCGUGGCUACACUAUUGUCUAUUAUCCCUAGUAGUUCCCACACUAAUACCGUAACAUUGGAAAUUAUAAUUUGAUUUACUGGGUCAAUGUUCAAUUACUAAUUCAGUAGAAUUUAAAAGACUUCUAGAAUGGCCGACUAUAUAUCUGAUAGCUCGUAAGUUACAGCUUUUCGAUGCAAUUCUACACUCAAAGAAUGUGAUUAACGUAAUAAGUGCUACAGAAGUUAUGAUAAAAACAUAUUCUAAAAUAUAUAGGUCUUUGAGUGUAGAACAACAGUCCAUUUCCUCGAGCCAAUAGCUGCAAUAAAGAGGUAUGAAGCUCUGGGUCCGACUUAUGCGCUAUAUAAUAUAAAUAAUUAUAUAAUAAUUACACCUUAGAGAUAUAAAGUGUGAUAUUAGAGAAUCGAGUACCCUCCGCUUGAAACGGACCAGUUAUGAUUUCACGAAAUAAUUUUAUUUAUCACAUUACUUCAUUUUCUCAAAACAUGGGAGGUAAGUGCAUAUGUGCACAGCACAGAUGUUUUAAAUAACAUCAACUUUAUAAUAUCUAUGAUUUUACUUCAGUUAACUACUUGUCAGCUUCGUUGCGUUUUUAGAUUUACUUUUUACAUUUAAUUACUGUUUAGAAUUGAACUUAAUAGCAUAAGAAACUGAAUUCAUGACAACCCCUUGUGGUUGCCGUGUUGCAACGAAGCUGGCAGUGAUAUGUACGACCGCCAUAUUGCCGACGGCUGGGCUUCGUGUCGAGUUAUCCAGUUUGUGUUUGUCCCCGCGUGUCUGUUUCUGGAGGGAUCACUAAUUAAACUAUUUAUAAUUUUC